AUGGGUCGCAUGUAGAGGGCUCAUCUGCACAAAAUUUUUCAGUUCCACAACCUGACCUAGAAAGAGCUGUCUGCAAUAAGACAGCAGUAAUACAUUGUUAGAGUUUCUCUAAGAUGUGUCCAUCACCAACAAAAAAGUUACACAACUUAAUUCUGUUCUUCUCAAUUAAACUUUGUAUAACUCACCCCAAGUAGUGUUACUGUGGUGUUGGCCACAAGUGGGGCUGCUGUUGUGGCAGCCAUAGUCGUAGUUGCUGCAACAGUUGCCCCCGCAGCAGUUGUUGCCCCAGCAGCAGUUGACGCCCCUGCGGCAUUUGUCAUCCCUGCAGCAGUUGUUGCCGCAGCAGGAUUUGUGGCUGCGGCAGCAGUUGACGCCCCUGCACCAGCAUUUGUGGCUGCGGCAGCACUUGUUGCUCCUGCACCAGCAUUUGUGGCUGCAGCAGCAGUUGAUGCCCCUGCACCAGCAUUUGUGGCUGCAGCAGCAGAUGUCAUCCCUCCUGCAGCCGUUGACGCCCCUGCAGCAUUUGUCAUCCCUGCAGCAGUUGUUGCUGCAGCAGGAUUUGUGGCUGCGGCAGCAGUUGACGCCCCUGCACCAGCAUUUGUGGCUGCAGCAGCAGUUGAUCCCAUUGCACCAGCAUUUGUGGCUGCGGCAGCAGUUGACGCCCCUCCUGCAGCAGUUGACGCCCCUGCAGCAGUUGUUUCUGCAGCAGGAUUUGUGGCUGCAGCAGCAGAUGUCAUCCCUCCUGCAGCAGUUGACGCCCCUGCAGCAUUUGUCAUCCCUGCAGCAGUUGUUGCCGCAGCAGCAUUUGUGGCUGCGGCAGCAGUUGACGCCCCUGCACCAGCAUUUGUGGCUGCAGAAGCAGUUGAUCCCAUUGCACCAGCAUUUGUGGCUGCGGCAGCAGUUGACGCCCCUCCUGCAGCAGUUGAUGCCCCUGCAGCAGUUGUCAUCCCUGCAGCAGUGGUUGCCGCAGCAGGAUUUGUGGCUGCGGCAGCAGUUGACGCCCCUGCACCAGCAUUUGUGGCUGCAGCAGCAGUUGAUCCCAUUGCACCAGCAUUUGUGGCUGCGGCAGCAGUUGACGCCCCUGCACCAGCAUUUGUGGCUGCGGCAGCAGUUGACGCCCCUCCUGCAGAGGUUGCCGCAGCAGGAUUUGUGGCUGCGGCAGCAGUUGACGCCCCUGCACCAGCAUUUGUGGCUGCAGCAGCAGUUGAUCCCAUUGCACCAGCAUUUGUGGCUGCGGCAGCAGUUGACACCCCUGCACCAGCAUUUGUGGCUGCGGCAGCAGUUGACGCCCCUGCACCGGCAUUUGUGGCUGCAGCAGCAGUUGAUCCCAUUGCACCAGCAUUUGUGGCUGCGGCAGCAGUUGACGCCCCUGCACCAGCAUUUGUGGCUGCGGCAGCAGUUGACGCCCCUGCACCGGCAUUUGUGGCUGCAGCAGCAGUUGAUCCCAUUACACCAGCAUUUGUGGCUGCACCAGCAGUUGACGCCCCUGCACCGGCAUUUGUGGCUGCAGCAGCAGUUGAUCCCAUUGCACCAGCAUUUGUGGCUGCGGCAGCAGUUGACGCCCCUGCACCAGCAUUUGUGGCUGCGGCAGCAGUUGACGCCCCUGCACCAGCAUUUGUGGCUGCAGCAGCAGUUGAUCCCAUUGCACCAGCAUUUGUGGCUGCGGCAGCAGUUGAUGCCCCUGCACCAGCAUCUGUGGCUGCGGCAGCAGUUGACGCCCCUGCACCAGCAUUUGUGGCUGCGGCAGCAGUUGACGCCCCUGCACCGGCAUUUGUGGCUGCAGCAGCAGUUGAUCCCAUUGCACCAGCAUUUGUGGCUGCGGCAGUUGACUGA